AUAAGUAACGUUCAGUCUGCCUCUAGAAGUCGAUCGUGAUCGUGGCCAGUCAGUUCAGUUCAGCUGGAAGCCGACAACCGAAACCGACACCAACACCGUCACCGUCACCGAUACCGAAGCUGAAGCUAAAGCCUCACCUCGUCCCUCCCAGAGAGAUAAAAGUGCUAUUUUUUUCUAGUUUAAGACCAAGCGCGCGCGUUUCGAGAUCACCUCAAGAAUAAAUAAUCCAAAAUAAACCGAAGCAUCCACGGAUAAGCCCACUUAGAACAAAAAACUAAGACAAAAUGAAGUACUUCAACAUCUGCCUGCUCUUCAUCUGCUGCGUCCUGUGCUACAGCCUGGUGGCUGCCCAAGAGGAGGGAUCGCCGGUGUCGCCGGCAAAGAGGAUCGCCGCCCUGCGCCGGCCCGUUGGCAAGUCCGCCAAGACCACCACCACAACCACACCGGCUCCGGCGCAGGGCGAUGGCGCUGGCGAGGGCGAGGAGUACGACGAGGAGCUUGGCGCCGAGCAAGGCGAGGAGGGAGACGAGGCGGCUGCGGCAGCCAGCUCCACCACCAGCACCACCACAGAGGCUCCCAAGAAGGUCGGACCGGUGAUCCGGCCUUUCCGCUCCAACGACGACUUCCUCAACUCCCUGAAGCGCCGGCAGGCCAACGCCAAGAAGCACCGCUCCGAGAAGCUGCCCACUCCCAGCAAGCCGGCUAAGGAGUCCUCCUCCGCUGAACAGGAGGAGGCGGCGGCGGCCCCAGCACCCGCACCAGCCCCCAGUCCCGCCAAGGGCUACAAGGGCAACUCAGCACUAAGCCGUCGCAAGCUGUCCAAGCCCGGCAAGGCGGCGCCCGUGGAACAGGUGGAGGACGCUGCCGCCGAGGAGUCGGAGCAGCAGCAGAAGGAGGAGACGAAGCCCAAGCGCCCCAUCGGCCGCCUGGCCCUGCGGAAGCGCAACUAAGAGGUGCCCCCACACUCCAAGCCCCACCACCUUCACUGCCGCCCACUACCCGCCACAUCCCUCACCUCCAACUGAAUCAUAUGGCUAGCUAUGUGGCAGCCCGCUCUGCCCUUUAGUUCUUAGUUCGCAAUUGAUUUUUUGUGUAUUGUAUAAAAUAUAUAUAAUAUAAUGUUAUGUUAUGUAAACACGCUCACGCCCACACCAGCAACACCCAACACCCGGUACCAACACCCUACCCGCCCCAUCCCUCAUGUCCGGCCACGAGGGCCCAUAUAUUUCCGGAAGUACAUGGGCACCGCUCGGUGCGCUCGGUCCCAAUUAUAUAUUGUUCACAAUCAAUCCAUCAAACAGUAAUAAAAUCGAGAAAAGUA